CUUAAAUUGCCGUGUCUGUGCGUCCCUCCCUCAUAUCGUCUGAGGCCUGGCUUCAAGGAUGGACUGUGCACUGCUGCUGCUGUCCCUGUGGGCUCUGACUGGAACCGUGUCCCUGCAGGCUCCAGGGUCGUGUCCAGAGAGACUCCUGGGAGAGGAGAGGAGGAGGACGUGCCCUCGGCCCUGCAAAGCUGACAGAGACUGUGGCAACAAACGGCAGUGUCUGUGUGACGGCCAGUGUGGUCUCAGCUGUGUGGCUCCAGGUCGAACUUGUCCCUGGCCUUUACCCCCCAGUGAAAACUCAGUGGUUCGCCUCCUCUCUCCCACUCAGUCCUUUUCUGCCCUGCUUGAAGUGCGCUGCAAGCCCGGAUUCACGUUGCCCAGCGGCUUGGAUGUCACUAUUCGCCGUUGUCAAGGUGACCGACAGUGGAGCGGGGAUGAGCCCAUCUGCACAGGACCUUCAGAGGAUGAGUCACCAGAACCUGCCGCUGCCCGAACCUGCCCUCUGCCUGAGGAAGUCACCGACACCUUCAGCAUCCAGGGUGACGCCACAGUCGGAACAUCCAUCCGCUACAGCUGCCUGUCUGGGGCGGAUAUCGUGGGGAGCAGUGAAAAUUUCUGCCAGGAUAAUCAGACCUGGCAGUAUCCUCACCCCAUCUGUAAAAAAGUGUACUGCCAGCCUCCUCCAGACGUGGAGCAGGGCUACGUGGUGGCCGUCCAGAAGACGGAAUAUGAAGUCGGCUUUGACAUCCACUACCUCUGUAAAAAGAACUUCCUGUUGGACGGACCGCAGAAGGUCACCUGCCUGUCGAAUGGCAGCUGGAGUGCAUCGCCUCCAUACUGCAGAGCUCGCUGUCUCAUCCCCGCUGCGCGAAGCCGUGUGGUGAUUGGUGGAGUGAAGCGCUGGCCAUUUGACGUGACAGACGGCGUGGUUCCUCACGGGGAAGAUGUGAUAUUCUUCUGCAAGCACCCUCGCAAGCAGUGCAGCCUCACCGCGAACCAGACCUGCUUUGACGGAGAGCUGCAGCCACCAAGCUGCUACCUCGAGCCCACGUGGUUGCAGUUUAAACUCUUCCCUCACCGGCUGGUCUCAGAGAUUGAAGCGUGUGAGCCUGGUGAUGUGGAGUGAUGACCCGGAUGCGUGACCUCGACCUGUCCGACACUCAUUAAACCGUUCCUGACUCACACCAGCAGCAUCCAUCGCCUGCAGCGGUUGUCCUUUCUCCACUCUGCAGCUUUCUGCUUCCACUAUCUAUGCAACGAUUGCGACGCUGACACAUUGUUGUGGAUCAGCGGGCUAAGCUGUCUAUCCUGUGCUCGUGGCCCCCGCUCUCACCCUCUCCGAACUGCGGGGCAUAAUUAUAAUCUGCAAAAUCCUCUCAAGUAUUACUCCAACGCUCCUCCUGCUCGAGCGCACUGUAGAUGUAUAUUUGAUGCAUAAACACAUGCUACGUGAUGAUACCUCCCUGUAAAUGACUCUGUGAUGUCUCACUGUGUGAUCUCUGUUUGAGCGUGACGCACCAAGUUCUCGAGGCUUGUAAGUGUUCAUUUGGAAUAAAGUAAAGUACAAAAAAACACACACAAAAAAAAACAACAAAAAAA